AUGAACGAAUAUGGUAAUCAGCUUUAUUCUAAUCAGCCAAUAAUAAUUGAUAAUGGAAGUGGUUACAUAAAAUCAGGAUUCGCAGGGGACGAUGCUCCUAACCUUGUAUUCCCUUCCUAUGUUGGGCGGCCAAAAUACAAGAGGGUUAUGGCAGGAGCAGUUGAGGGAAAUUUGUUCGUUGGAAAUAAAGCAGAAGAAUAUCGAGGGUUGUUAAAAGUUACGUAUCCAAUAAAUCAUGGGAUUAUUGAAAAUUGGAAUGACAUGGAAAAUAUUUGGAUACAUGUUUAUAAUUCAUUAAAAAUAAAUUCAGAAGAGCAUCCAGUAUUAUUGACAGAAGCCCCAUUAAACCCACAAAAAAAUAAAGAAAAAAUUGCUGAAGUUUUUUUUGAAUCUUUUAAUGCCCCAGCCUUAUUUAUUUCUAUACAAGCAAUAUUAUCUUUAUAUUCAUGUGGAAAAACAAAUGGUACUGUUCUUGAUUGUGGGGAUGGUGUUUGUCAUUGUGUAUCCAUUUAUGAAGGAUAUAGUAUAACGAAUACGAUUACCAGAUCUGAUAUUGCAGGACGAGAUAUCACUACAUAUUUAGGAUAUUUGUUAAGAAAAAAUGGACAUUUAUUUAAUACUUCUGCUGAAAUGGAAGUAGUAAAAAGCAUGAAGGAAAAUUGCUGUUACGUUUCGUUUAAUAUGAGUAAAGAAAAAAAUACUUCAGAAAAAUCGCUUACAACUUUGCCUUAUAUACUUCCAGAUGGGUCACAAAUACUGAUUGGGUCUGAAAGGUACAGAGCACCGGAAGUUCUCUUCAACCCAUCCAUUUUGGGAUUAGAGUAUUUAGGAUUGUCCGAAUUAAUUGUAACUUCUAUAACUCGAGCUGACAUGGAUUUAAGAAAAACGUUAUACUCACAUAUUGUGCUAUCAGGAGGUACAACGAUGUUUCAGGGUUUUGGAGAUAGACUACUAAAUGAAAUUCGAAAGUUUUCCCCUAAAGAGAUUACAAUCCGAAUUAGUGCACCCCCUGAACGAAAGUUUAGCACAUUUAUAGGAGGGUCGAUAUUAGCUUCCUUAGCAACGUUUAAAAAAAUAUGGAUUAACAAACAGGAAUUUGAUGAGUAUGGUAGUGCAAUAUUACACAAAAAAACAUUUUGA